GUUUCAUAAAUUUCAGAGUGGAUGUGUUUUGGUUUCAUAAAUUUCAGAAUUUAAUGCCUAACUAGAACAUCUCUCAUGUUUAAUACAACACAUAUCAUAAAUAUGAAUAAUAAUCAUGUGUGUCAAACAUGCAUUGGUUCUUUUAAUAAGAAUGUCAAAUUGGGUUUUGUGUCUAAUGUUAGAUUUACUAGAGCAUCAUGAAUUAGAUAUGAGCACUCAAUACUACAUGUGACAUACAACAGCAAUAUAAUCAUUGGAAAAUAAAUGAUGAUCAUGAGUAGAGAAGGUAGUUCGAACUAUAUUCUUUUCUCAUAUCUUAGAUAUAAAAGAUUACUAACAGAAAAUAAAUACUAAAUAUAUAGCAUAUUAAAUUAUGAACAAGAGAACUAAUUUUGAUUUUAUAUAGCAUAUUAAAUAUAUAGAAUAGGUAAUAUCAUCCUGAUUUUACAUAAGGACUAAUUUUGACUAUUUCAACUGGCCCUUUAAAGUAAAUCAAAUUUCUGAAAGAGUUGUCUUUGGUGAAUCAUGAUUUUAAUAGAAAAUGAGUUCCCAACCACCAUCACAAUCUCCAACAACUACAAAGAGUAAAGGAAAAGCUUCCCAAAACUCCCAACCCUCACAAGGUUUAAAGGCACAUUGGGACACAAAAUCUACUGAAAUUUUUGUCAAACUUUGUGUGGAGCAAGUGAAAGCAGGUCACAGACCUGGUACGCACUUAGAUAGGGUUGGUUGGGAAGCAGUUAUUAACAAGUUCAAAAUUGCAACUGGAAAGUCAUAUGUUCGCAUUCAGCUUAAAAAUCGUUGGGAUACCUUAAAAAAGGAGUGGGGUCUUUGGAAAAAUCUAUUGAGAGGUGAAACUGGGCUGGGGUUAGAUCCCUUGACUGGAGCUAUCAUGGCAUCUGAUGAUUGGUGGAAUUUGAAGCUACAGAGGUAUCCUGAUGCGGCCAAAUUUCGUGAGAAGCCAUUGACAUUGGCCGAUGACAUGGACAUACUAUUCUCUGAUGUUUCUGCAACUGGUGAGUGGGCAUACACUCCAAGCUCUGGAGUGUUUCUUGACACUGAGGGAUCUCACACCCCACUUGGUGAUGAUACUGAUACGGAAAUUCAUCCAUCUGAAUUGAGCAACCAAUGUCGUCGCCAAAAAGAGGGUCCAUCAAAGAAACAAAAGGGGAACAAAAAACAAUCGGUUGCCGGUGAGUUGAGUAAGACACUUAACCGCAUUGUCGAUGCUGUGGAGGCAUCAUCUUCAACUGGUACACAGAAUGCUUCUAUGCAAAAUCCGCACACAAUAACUGAGUGUUUGGCUAAGAUUAGCACAAUCUCUGGCGUUAGUGAAGACGAUGACCUUUUAAUUUGGGCUGCAAGGUUGUUCAUGAAACCCUCACUUCGUGAGUCUUUCAUGGCUUUGCCUAAUGAUGUGUUGCGUUUGAAGUUUAUUAAUCUCGAAAUUGCUUUGGAAAAGGCUCGCAUUCCUGGUUUUCGUGAUUAGUUCAUUGUGCGAAUGUGUGUAUGUUUUUUUUUUAUUAUUUUAAAAAACAUUAUUAGGACUAUCUUUAAUUAAUUUGGCUUGAUGUUAUAUUUAUGUUUGCCUCAGUGAAUUAUAUUUAUGUCGGCCUCCUCAAACUGCACA